AUGGUCAAUAUCGGCCUCCAGGGCUCUUCUGGCAGCAAUUGGGUCGUGCAGAAGUUUGGUGGUACGAGCGUCGGCAAGUUCGCCUUGAAUAUUAUCGACCAGGUCGUUCUUCCAAGUCUUUCCGAGCAUCGUGUUGCUGUAGUUUGCUCAGCGCGAAGCAGCUCGACCAAAGCUGCCGGUACCACCAACCGGUUACUCCGAGCAGCGCGGGAUGCGGAAGACGCUCUAUCUCAGCAAUAUGCCUCUCUUGUAGAGGCCGUUCGGUUGGAACAUAUUCAGGUAGUCGGAGAUCAAAUCCAGUCAAAUACACUCAAGUUACGGCUGGUUUCUGAGAUCAAUGCGGAAUGCGACCGAGUACUCAAAGUGUUGGAGGCUGCGCAAACACUUGGUGAGAUUAGCGCAAGGUGCAUCGACAAGGUGAUUAGUACCGGGGAGAAGUUAAGUUGCAGACUUAUGGCUGCUUUUCUCGAAGAUAGGGGCGUCAGGUCGCAAUAUGUGGACCUGGCCGAGAUUAUCAAUUUCCCCAUUUCGAGCCAGGGCCUUGACCAAGAAUUCUAUAAUAACCUAGCUGCUGCUCUCGGAAGAAAGAUCGAAAGUUGUGAAGAUAGGGUCCCUGUCGUUACCGGAUUCUUUGGGACUGUACCUGGCGGUCUUCUUGAUCAGAUUGGACGGGGCUACACUGAUCUCUGUGCUGCUCUUGUUGCUGUGGGCAUAAACGCGAAGGAAUUGCAGGUCUGGAAAGAAGUUGAUGGCAUCUUCACAGCCGACCCACGGAAGGUGCCAACCGCACGCCUGCUUUCUGCCAUCACACCGGCAGAGGCAGCCGAGUUAACGUUCUAUGGCUCUGAAGUGAUUCACCCUUUUACCAUGGAGCAAGUCAUCCGUGCCAAAAUCCCUAUUCGCAUAAAGAACGUCAUGAACCCGCGGGGAGACGGUACUGUUAUAUUUCCCGACUCUUCCAGCGAGCUGGAGAAGACGACCCCCGGCCAUGAUCCAAGACUGUUUCGUACCCGCAGUCCCAGUCUUAUGCAGCGGCCGAAGCGCCCCACGGCCGUGACAAUAAAACACAAGAUCCUCGUCAUUAAUGUACAUUCGAACAAACGAUCACUCUCUCAUGGUUUCUUCGCAGGAAUAUUCUCUGUGCUUGAUCGAUGGAGGCUUUCUAUCGAUUUGAUUUCGACGAGCGAGGUGCAUGUUUCAAUGGCCCUUCAUUCCGAGAUGCCCUUGCUGAAUGGAACUGGGAGAGACGAAUAUCAGAUCAUAGACGAUGACCUGAAGGGAGCCAUCCAGGACCUUCAGAAGUAUGGAACCGUCGAUAUCAUACCAGAGAUGGCAAUUCUCAGUCUUGUGGGAAAGCAAAUGAAGAACAUGAUUGGAGUUGCGGGACGGAUGUUUUCGACUCUGGGCGAAAACAAUGUUAAUAUCGAGAUGAUUUCUCAAGGUGCAAGCGAGAUCAAUAUUUCUUGCGUCAUUGAGGAGAGAGACGCCGAUCGCGCUUUAAACAUAAUUCACACCAGCAUGUUCACCUUUUUAGACUAG